AUGAGUGGCAUCAAUGCGCUCGGAUUCUAUCAGUCGACUAUCUUCGAACAGUACCUGCGGCUCUCCCCCACCAUCGCGAGGGUACUCAGUGCAUGUGUCUUUACAUUCCAGACAUGCUGCUCACCAAUCGGUGUGCUGGCUGUUGACAAGUUCGGGAGAAGGAAACUAAUGAUGGUUUCAGCGCUCGGGAUGGGAUCUUGCAUGGCCAUUGUUGCUGGUGCAAGUUCCCAAUCUCACAACGUGGCAUGCGUUGGCGUGGCAUGCGCUUUCAUCUUCCUCUUUAGUCUCUUCUUUCCCAUCGGCUUCCUUGGUCUGACAUUCCUUUACGCCAGCGAGAUCAGCCCGCUCAUGGCUAGAGUUCCAAUAACCGCUAUGAGUACAGGAUGUGCGUGGAUAUUCAACUUCUUCAUUGCCGAAAUCACUCCGACGGCGUUUGCCACAAUCGGUUGGCGAUACUAUAUCGUGUUCGCGUGCACUAACAUGUUCCUCAUCCUCCCAUGUGUUUACAUAUUCUUCCCAGAGACGAACCGAUGUAGCCUAGAAGGGGUGGAUCAGAUCUUCCGCGACAGCAAGGAUUGUCUACAGCCAGUCAAGAUGGCAGCUAGAUUAUCGCGGGGUCUAUUGGAUGAAGCCGUUCAGACCGAUCAGAAACUCUCAAACGAGAUGGUUGAAUGUUGCGAGGCGGCCUGUGAGAGGGACGACCGGGGCAGACAAUAG